AUGGCAUCCCAAGGCCAGGUCAUUUUCUGGAGCAUGACUACAGUCAUUAUCAUCCUGGCUGCAGUGAUUGCCCUGAUCAUUGGUUUUGGUGUCUCAGGCAAACACUCCAUCAGUGUGACAGCACUGACAUCCCUGGGGAACAUCGGCCAGCGCAGCAUCCUGGGCUGCACUUUUGUACCCGACAUCCAGAUGGACAGCACAGUGAUCCAGUGGGCCAAGGAGGGAGUAGCUGGGCUGGUUCAUGAGUUUAGAGGUGGCAAGGACCACCUGCAAGAGCAAGAUCCAUCAUUCCAGGGCCGCACAGCCGUGUUUGCAGAGCAGGUGAUGGGUGGAAAUGCUUCCCUGGAGCUGAAGGAUGUGCAGCUCUCCGAUGCUGGCACCUACCAGUGCUCUGUCACCACAGCCAGAGGGAGUGGGGCAGCAGUGCUGCACUACAGGACAGGAGCUUUCAGCAUCCCCGUGGUGCAGGUGCAGAGCAGCAGCCAUGGGGACACUCUGCAGUGUGAAGCCCCACGUUGGUUCCCUCGUCCUGCUGUGCACUGGACAGCUCUUGGUGACACUGAGGACCCUCUGCCCCAUGCUGCCAACACCAGCUACCAGCUGAACCCUGAAAACAUCACUGUGAGAGUGCUUUCCUUCCUGCACAAUGUCACUGCUAACACCACCUACACUUGUGUGAUUGAAAACAGCAUUGCCAGGGCUACAGGCAACAUCAGAGUGACAGAUUUCAGCAUUACAAAGGUGACCAACUUAGAGCUGGUGAACUUGAAUGCAGAAUCAGUGUCAUCCUCCUUUCCAGCCUGUCACUGGAUGCUUCUGCUUCCCCUGUAUCUGCUGUCAAUAUAAGCUCUCUAUAAAGCAAUUGGAAACUCUGCUGGAGCUGGAGGUAAGCUUGGAAUCUUUCCUUGUCUGAUUUAACAC